AUCGAGCGUGAGAAGGCAGACCUCUCCGUCCAAGUCAUCUCCCUGUCAGAACGUCUCGAGGAGGCGGAGUGCGGUGCCGAAGGACAGUUCGAGAUCAACAAGAAACGCGACACAGAGCUCACCAAGCUCCGCAAACUUCUCGAAGAUGUCCACAUGGAGUCCGAGGAGACCGCCCUGCUGCUGCGCAAGAAGCACCAGGAGUCGGUUGUCGACUUCCAGGACCAAAUCGACCAGCUCACCAAGCAGAGGCAGAGGAUUGAAAAGGAAAAGUCCAAAUUCCAGCAGGAGGUCUUCGAACUCAUGUCUCAGGUUGAGAACAUCAACAAGGAGAGGAUCAUCUCCAUCAAGCACUCCGAGAAGCUUGAGGUCACCAUCCACGAGAUGAACGUACGCAUCGAGGAGCUGAACCGCACCAUCGUCGACAUCACCUCCCACAAGACUCGCCUCUCCCAGGAGAACAUUGAGCUGACCAAGGAGGUCCAGGACCUCAAGGUCAACAUCGAGAACGCCACCUACCUCAAGAGCCAGCUCGCCGGCCAGCUCGAGGACGCCCGCCGCCGUCUGGAGGACGACGAGAGGAGGCGUUCCAUGCUGGAGGCGUCCCUCCACCAGGUCGAGGUGGAGCUGGAGUCCGUCCGCGUGCAGCUGGAGGAGGAGUCUGAGGCCCGCCUGGACCUCGAGAGGCAGCUCAUCAAGGCCAACGGCGACGCCCAGGGCUGGAAGAGCAAGUACGAGACCGAGGCCGCCGCCCGCGCCGAGGAGGUCGAGGAGAUCCGCCGCAAGUACACCGCCCGCCUCCAGGAACAGGAGGAGCACAUCGAGACCCUCAUCGUCAAGGUCAACAACCUGGAGAAGCAGAAGUCCCGCCUCCAGAGCGAGGUCGAGGUCCUCAUCAUCGACCUGGAGAAGGCCAACAACACCGCCCGGGAGCUGCAGAAGCGCGUCGAGCAGAUGGAGCGCAUCAACAUCGAGAUGAAGUCGCGCCUGGACGAGACCACCGCCCUGUUCGAGCAGUGCCAGCGCGACCUGCGCAACAAGGCCCAGGAGCUCCAGCGCACUGUGCACGAGCUGGACAAGACCCGCGAGCAGAAGGACGCCCUCAACCGCGAGAACAAGAAGCUGUCCGACGACCUCCACGAGGCCAAGGCUAACCUGUCCGAGCUCACCCGCCGCCUGCACGAGCUGGAGCUGGAGCUGCGCCGUCUGGAGAACGAGCGUGAAGAGCUCACCGCCGCCUACAAGGAAGCCGAGGCCGGCCGCAAGUCCGAGGAGCAGCGCAACCAGCGCCUGACCGCCGACUUCAACAUGUUCCGUCACGAGGCCGAGAAGCGCAUCUCCGAGAAGGAGGAGGAGAUCGAGUGCAUCCGGUGAGUGACCCGCGCGCACCGUGC